AACUACACUCCCCACAAUCCCUUGCGCCCCCGGCUCGCUGCGGUUGCUUAUGGCCAAUGGGGAGAGGCAGCUGUGGCGGGGGCCGAGGAGGGACAUUUUAAAAGGGCCGUAGAUUGCGGGCGUCAGUGGCCAUGGCGGAUACAGCGACCACAGCAUCAGCGGCGGCGGCUAGUGCCGCUAACGCCUCCACGGAUGCACCUCCUUUCCAGCUGGGCAAACCCCGCUUCCAGCAGACAUCCUUCUAUGGCCGCUUCAGGCACUUCCUGGACAUCAUCGACCCACGCACGCUCUUUGUCACUGAGAGACGUCUCAGAGAGGCAGUACAGUUGCUGGAGGACUACAAGCAUGGGACCCUGCGCCCAGGGGUCACCAAUGAACAGCUCUGGAGUGCACAGAAGAUCAAGCAGGCUAUUCUACACCCGGACACCAAUGAGAAGAUCUUCAUGCCCUUCAGAAUGUCAGGUUACAUUCCUUUUGGGACACCAAUUGUGGUCGGUCUCCUCUUGCCCAACCAGACACUGGCAUCCACUGUCUUCUGGCAGUGGCUGAACCAGAGCCACAAUGCUUGUGUCAACUAUGCAAACCGCAAUGCUACCAAGCCUUCUCCUGCAUCCAAGUUCAUCCAGGGCUACCUGGGGGCUGUCAUCAGUGCCGUCUCCAUUGCUGUGGGCCUUAAUGUCCUGGUUCAGAAAGCCAACAAGUUCACCCCGGCCACCCGCCUUCUGGUCCAGAGAUUUGUGCCAUUCCCCGCUGUAGCCAGCGCCAAUAUCUGCAACGUGGUCCUGAUGCGGUAUGGGGAGCUGGAGGAAGGGAUCGACGUUCUGGAUGCUGAUGGCAACCUCGUGGGCUCCUCAAAGAUCGCAGCCAGACAUGCCCUGCUGGAGACAGCGCUGACGCGAGUGGUCCUCCCCAUGCCCAUCCUGGUGCUACCCCCGAUCGUCAUGUCCAUGCUGGAGAAGACGGCUCUCCUGCAGGCACGACCCCGGCUGCUCCUCCCCGUGCAAAGCCUCGUGUGCCUGGCAGCCUUCGGCCUGGCCCUGCCACUGGCCAUCAGCCUCUUCCCGCAGAUGUCAGAGAUCGAAACAUCCCAGUUAGAGCCUGAGAUUGCCCGGGCCACCAGCAGCCGGACGGUGGUGUAUAACAAGGGGCUGUGAGUGGUGGCAGGGGCCUGGGGAUGGUGUCCAGGCCAGGGAGUUGGGGUGGGGACCACAUCUUCUGGAUUGCACCUGCAGGGAGGGGCAAGCUGACCCCGACACCUGGGCCCCCAGGGGGAGCACUGGACCCACAGUGGUAGGGGGACUAAUCUAUUUACGUGUUAAUAUAAGGGAGAGGAAUUCUGACACAUUUCCUAUACAAAAUAAUCAAGUGCAUUUCUGGGCCUUACCUGGGGUUGUCAAAACUCUACUCAGCACAAUUAUGUGUGAAGCUGAAACGUGGUAGAGUGCCCACAGGAUAGAAUUAGGAUCCUUUUAUACUUUGAUUUCUUUUUUAUUUUUUAUCAGAAGCAAGUCUGAGCCUCGGUUGCAGCUGCCCAGAUGCAUUAGGUGGGAGCCGGAGUAGGCCUGGGGGCUGGUGGGCUUGGUAGCUGGGCUGCUGGAUUUAAGACAUAGUGGUGACGAGGCCUGAUGGCUCACUGGCUGGGUGGGGGAGAGGGAAAGGGGUGGUAUUCGCAUCACAGGAUGUACUAUAAUAGCCAUGACUAAGGUCGUCAGGAGGUAGCCCGGGGAAUCAUGGAGACCUGGAAGCCCCUGGAAGAUUCUGUGAAUGACAGGCUCUGAGUGUGGCCAGCCUACAUCCAUGCCACACCUGUAGAAACAGUCUCUGCACGAAGCCCGAUGACAUGGUGGGAAAGGGGUCACCCUUCAUGGAGCCCUGGUCCACUGAGAUGACUCCAGCUCCAGGCAGGAAGCCCGAAGAAGGAAAGAUGUUGGCAUUCCAGCUUUGGUAGGAAGAUCUUUCCAGUCCUGGAGGCUGCCUGCCCCUCCCAUUGCUUUCUGAUUGGGAGUACAAAGGUGUCAUGUGCCUGAGAACUCUAGGCACCUACCUGACAGGCAGCAUCAACCCAGAAACAGAGGAACCCGGCUCUGGACAAACCAGCUUGGACGAGACUAUGCCCUUCUCUGAGCCACUACUCCCUGUCUGGAACCAGAGGGCUAGAUCAGGGGCUCUUAACAUUUCUUCUAGCUAGCCCUCAUUUUUCCUGUCUUGUUCAGAUGCUGGCCAUUCCAGGCACAUCCCCAGUGGGGACAUGGACUGGGAAAGGGGCAGGUCCCUUUGGGAAUGGCCAGCAGUUGGUCUGAGAACCUGGACCUUGCCCUUGUUUAUGUGUCCCCACGUAUGGGAGCACUUGAACUUUGCCAAACACUUUACAGUGCCGAAGAGCAAGCAUCAUUGAGGCCUGGGCCUGAAUGUGCACACCUGCAUGCCAUCUCUGCUUAUGCAGGGGCGUCUGAGGGCCCUUGCUGUCCUCCCAUCUCCCUCUCAUGGGCAGGCCAGGAAGAGGAAAGAGCUCUGCAGUGUAAAGCAGAGCCUGGGGCAGGGGUGAACUGGGAAAUCCCUUGGUCUGGAAGGUCCAAGCAAUGGGGAGCAUGAGCCUCAGUGCACCCCUCACCUGAACUUAAGUAGAAUGGGGUUCUUGACUUGCACUGCCCUGGGGCAGCCACCUGGGGGCAGCCUGGCUGGGGG